AUGAAGCUUCUUACCCUCCUCGUACCAAUCUUCGCUUCGGCGGCUGCGAUACCCGUCAACAGCAAUAACGACACAGCAAUCGCCCAUGCAGCCGAACAAGCCAAGCAACCAGAUGGCCCGCUUACGUGGACAGGCAAGCAGCAACCCAGACAGGUCGACGGUGGUGGUCCUCCAGCGCCGGACUCCCCUCCGGAGGGCCCAUACGACUUCCCUCCCCCGAACCCGUCACUAGAAGUCGACAUUGAAGAUUACCAAGCGUCAGUCUCCUAUCCGCCAGCUCUGUCGUUCGCCGCACAUUCUGUGAUGAUUAUCCACCCGCAGAACCUGAUCCCCGAGCGGAUCAUGGCAGCGCCAACGCCCACGGGCGAAGGUUUCGGAAGGGGCAUCAUGUUCCACCGCUACCAUCUCUACCAGACGCUCCGCAUAGCCGCCGGGGUAAUGACGCUCACGCACACGCCCGGCAACGCCAUCCCGGCCCCGCGUGCCCAGGGCCUCGCGUACCCGCAGCCGUUCAACAGGGAACGGCAUAUGAUGCCGCCCCAGCCACCUCCUUCGGGCGAGCUGGACUGGGUUCGCGAUCGAUUCUUCGAUAUCCCCUCGGCGAGGACAACGAAUUUUUCGGCGGAACACUUGAUACUCUUCGGGUACCACGAUUACGAUCUCGAUUUCCGCUUCCCGGUCUACAUGGGCGUGAUCACGGGCGAGGGCUCGACUCGCCUGAAUCAUCGACAGUGGGUGCCUAACCUAGUGGUCUUCUCCCACUUCCCGGCCGACGCACGCCUACUCGUCAGGUCCUAG